AUGAGCCAGGAGCAGAGCACCAUUAGCCCUGUAAGACCCAGGAGUGGGUUCCAGGUCCAAUUUGUAGAUCUUGAGAAGGGUGUGCAGAGAGGGCCAACCAACCACAGCACAAAUAUUCUUGAGGGAAACGCCUCUAGCCAGAAUUCUGGACAAGAAACUCUUCAGAUGUUGACUCAAUUGUCUCAAAGUGGGCUUAGAGAAGCCCCUCCAGGACCAAUGGGAGGUCCGAGGAGAGAAGGCGUGGUCUGCUGGAAAGCCUCAGCCAACUGGCAACACACAGAAGUCUCUUUCAGAAAGAAGUUCUCUCAGGUACCAGAAAACAUGAGCAAGUUUAAGAAUUUGUACUUUGUUUUAAUACUGAGUGUCAUUUCCUUGAUCAUUUUUAUAUACAGUCAAUUAGAAAAUGGAAGUGAAGCAAAUAUCUAUUCAAAGACUGACCCGGAAACUGGAACCCAACCACGGCUGGACACUGUCGAGGACAGGAGAUGUGAGGGGAAGAUCCACACGAGCCCACUGCCACUGAAGCUGAAGCACCGACAGUACUCAAGAAAGAUGCUGCUUUAUAAACAAUGCAACAAUAACUUGGACAUCAGUGGCAAAUGGGCAACAUUUGACGACAUUCCCCAUGAGGAGUUGCACAACCUGCUAGUGGACGACAGGCAUGGAAUUAUCUAUUGCUACGUUCCAAAGGUCGCUUGCACCGCAUGGAAACGGACUAUGAUUGUUCUGAGUGAGAGUCUGAAGGUGUACGGUGUACCUUACAGGAACCGUCUAGACAUCCCCAUCAAGGACGUUCAUGGAUCUUCUCUACAGCAACUUAAUGCAUACCCCAAGGCAGUAAUGAAACAAAAAUUUGAGACAUACCAAAAGUUCAUAUUUGUUCGAGAUCCUUUUGUCAGACUGAUUUCAGCCUACAAAGAUAAAAUUCAAAGCCCAAAUCAGAUAUAUUAUGAAAGGAUUGGGAUAAACAUAUUAAAGAAAUUUGUAAAUGUCUCUAAUCCGCCAGCAUCUGUAGAGCAAGCGCACGCUCAAGGCAUUGUUCCGUCUUUCUACAACUUCAUUCAGUAUAUCCUGAGCCUCCCAGCAGGAAAUUACACAAAGUUUGAUGAACACUGGCGACAAACAGUUCACUUGUGCCAUCCAUGUGCGAUCGAUUAUGACUUUAUUGGGAAAAUGGAAACUAUUGAGGAAGAUGUUGAUCAUCUGCUGCGAAUACUCAGAGUCGAUAACAUUGUCGACUUCAAACCGUGGACAAGAAGUAAAACAGAGCAGAGUGAGAUAAAGACCUGGUUUUCCAACAUCACCAUAGAGUGGAGGAGGAAACUCUAUGAUAUUUAUAAGGCAGACUUUAAACUGUUUGGAUAUGAAAAUCAUGACAAUCUAGAUGAUCCUAAUCCAGAAAACUUUAUAUGAAUCACGUUGUUUGUUGUGUUGUGUUAUGUAGUAUGAUUAUUGUUUCAUGACAUUAGUAGCUUCGUCAUAUUUAUCGAUUUGAAUGGCAGGGGAGUCAUGGUGACGGAAAAUCUUAUUCCUGUUUCUCACACUACAUUUGAUUUGUUUGACUUCUGUUUUUCUUGUUGUAUGUUUUAACAAUUAAAGAUCUCAUAAUUACCCUGGACAAUACAAAUGAAGAUUUUUUCUGUUUUU